AUGGCUUCCGGACUGAUCAUUGAUCCCUUUUGUCUCCUCCGUGCGGUUCCGCUUGCAUCGAGCACCGGGAGUCUUGUCCUGGCAACCAGCGAACUCAUAUUCUUCUCAGGCCUGGUCCACGCACCGAUUCGCGACAGGUCCAACUCCAUUCUUCCCGACUAUUGGCGCUAUGUAUUCCCCAGGGGGGUCAGCCUCGUACUCGCCCUGAACUUCACGACUAUCAGUACCUCAUUGUGCAAUAUUUUCCUGAAGAAUCCUCACUCCCGACCGCUGCCCAUAUCUCGCACAACGUUCUACUGGGCCGGCCUCGUCGGUGCGAUUGGACAUCUGGUGUUUGUGCCGUUCGUCGCGCCGCCGAUUCAGCGUAUCCUGGAGAAGACCGACCCUGAACACGAGAGGAGUAGGCAGAUGGAUAGUUGGUUAAGGAUCCAUCGAGUGCGCAUGCUGGUGGCGGACUUACCUGCGUGGUUGGCAUUUGUGGGGGCUGUUUUGUUGACGGAUUUGUGAUGGUGCUGUGCAAGUGCUGUAUGAUUCUCGGGCAGAGGAAUCUGAGGUGCAAUGGCACCCCAAUAUACACGCUACUGUUCCGUGGAAUAAGUGGGAAAUUAUACCCUGGGAGUGGCGAACGAGAGGUUAGCCUGACGAAGGUGGUAGGAUAUUAUUUGAGCGAGUUAGAGUGAUGAUAUCUUGUUAUAUAAACACUUCAGAUAAAUCCAGGAAGCACUGUAGAGCAAGAAGC